AUGGAUCUGGCCACCACCUUCCAGUCAACCGUGCGCGCCUCCUGUGCCCGGCCUCCUCGCGCCCCGAGGACGCCCAUGCGCCCGGGAGUGCCGGGGCGAGUGGCUGUCAAGGCCGGCGCCUCGCCGAAGAAGGCCAGCGUGAACGCCGUUUCGAUGCCCGCCGAGAAGUCCAGUUCGCUCAUGCCUCUCCCGCCGACCGUCUCCCCGAAGACGGCGGACGAGCUGGUCGCGAACAUCAGUUACCACUCCAAGUACACGUCGGCGUCCAAGCCGCUCUCGUUCGAGGUCCCGGCGGCCUACAGGGCCACCGCGGCGUCGGUGGAGGAGCGCCUCAUCGAGCGCUGGGAUGCCACCUUCUCGCACUUCGAGCAGAAGGACCCGAAGAUGGCCUACUACAUCUCCAUGGAGUACCUGCAGGGCCGCUACCUGCAGAACGCCAUCCGCAACAUCGGCCUCAAGGACGAGUACAGCAAGGCCCUGGACAAGCUCGGGCAGGACCUGGAGGAGAUCGAGGAGUUUGAGACGGACCCGGCCCUGGGCAACGGCGGGCUGGGGCGGCUGGCGUCGUGCUUCCUGGACUCGAUCGCGUCGUGCAACUACCCCGCGUGGGGGUACGGUCUGCGGUACAAGUACGGUCUGUUCAAGCAGCUCGUGGACGCGUCCGGGCAGAAGGAGGUGCCGGAGAACUGGCUGGACGGCGGCAACCCGUGGGAGAUGCGGCGCGACUCGAUCCGCUACCCGGUGCGGUUCUACGGGCACUCGACGGGCAGCGGCUGGGAGGGCGGCGAGGUGAUCGAGGCGGUGGCGUACGACUCGCCCAUCCCCGGGUACAACACGGUCAACACCAUCUCGCUGCGCAUGUGGAACGCGGAGCCGGUGUCGGCGCAGUUCAACCUGGAGGCGUUCAACAACGGCGACCACCUGCACGCGAUCGAGCGCCAGGCGCGCGCGGACCAGAUCAACGCGGUGCUGUACCCGGCGGACGGCACCACGCAGGGCAAGGAGCUGCGCAUCCGGCAGCAGUACUUCCUGUGUUCGGCGUCCGUGCAGGACAUCGUGGCGACGUUCAAGCGCCGCCAGAUGGCCCUGACCGGCAAGAUCGACUGGGACCAGCUGGGGUCGAAGGCCACGGUGCAGAUGAACGACACGCACCCCACGCUGGCGGCGCCGGAGCUGAUGCGCAUCCUGCUGGACGAGGAGGGCCUGGACUGGGACCACGCGUGGAAGGUGACGCAGGGCGUGGUGAACUACACGAACCACACGCUGCUGCCCGAGGCGCUGGAGAAGUGGCCGCUGGACCUGAUGGUGAAGCUGCUGCCGCGGCACAUGGAGAUCAUCACGCGCAUCAACCGCGAGUUCGUGGCGACGCUCAAGCCGUUCGACGACGAGACCGAGGCGGAGUUCCUCGCGCGCGUGAACGACGUGAGCAUCCUGGUCGGGUGCGACCCGGAGACGGGCAAGCCGCUGGAGAAGAUGCUCAAGGAGGUCGAGGUGGAGGAGGCCGACUCGGACGAGGAGGGCGGGACGCUGGAGACCAAGACGGUGAAGAAGGUCGUCGAGGUCGACCCGCCGAAGCCCGCGGUCGCCAUGGCCAACCUGUGCGUGGUGGCCGCCAAGUACGUCAACGGCGUGGCGCAGCUGCACACCGACCUCAUGAAGGUGCAGGUGUUCAAGAACUUCGCGCGCAUGUACCCGGAGAAGUUCCAGAACAAGACCAACGGCGUGACGCCGCGCCGCUGGCUCGCGUGGUGCAACCCGCGCCUGUCGGCGGUGAUCACCAAGUGGCUGGGCAACGACGAGUGGGUCACGCACCUCGACCAGCUCGAGGGGCUGCUCAAGUUCAAGGACGACCCGAAGCUGAAGAAGGAGUGGGCCGAGGCCAAGCUCGAGCAGAAGAAGGACCUCGCCAAGUGGCUCAAGGUCGAGACGGGCUUCGACAUCCCCAGCGAGGGCUUCAUGUACGACGUGCAGGUGAAGCGCAUCCACGAGUACAAGCGGCAGCUGCUCAACAUCCUCGCGGUGAUCUACCGCUACAAGAAGAUGAAGGAGAUGUCGCCCGAGGAGCGCAAGAAGGCCUUCGUGCCCAAGGUGGUGAUGAUUGGCGGCAAGGCCUUCGCGACCUACAUCCAGGCCAAGCGCAUCGUGCGCCUGAUCAACAACGUCGCGCGCACGGUGAACAACGACCCGGACGUGCAGGACCUCCUCAAGGUGGUCUUCGUGCCCAACUACUCGGUCAAGGUCGCCGAGCACCUCAUCCCCGCCACGGAGCUGUGCCAGCAGAUCUCGACCGCGGGCAUGGAGGCCUCGGGCACGUCCAACAUGAAGUUCAUGAUGAACGGCGCGCUGACCGUCGGCACGCUCGACGGCGCCAACGUGGAGAUCCGCGAGUGCGUCGGCGAGGAGAACUUCUUCCUGUUCGGGGCCACCGCCGACAUGAUCGACGGCAUCCGCGAGGACCGCAAGGAGGGCAAGUUCGAGCCCGACCCGCGCUUCGAGGAGGUCAAGGCCUACGUCAGGUCGGGCGUCUUCGGCGACGACGGCGAGACCAUGGGCGAGUUCGACCAGCUCAUGGGCUCCCUCGAGGGCAACGAGGGCUUCGGACGCGCCGACUACUUCUGCGUCGGCUUCGACUUCCCCUCCUACCUCGAGGCCCUCGACGCCGCCGACGCCGCCUACAGGGACCAGGACUCGUGGGUCACCAAGUCGAUCAUCCAGACGGCGACGUCGGGCAAGUUCUCCAGCGACCGCACCAUCCGGCAGUACGCCACGGAGAUCUGGGGCCUCGACGAGGUCAAGGUGCCGGAGGCCUAG